AUGACGGACACGCCAAAGCCGCAGCCGUCGACGACGCCCUACCCAACUACCAACAUGACGAGUCUGACCGAUGCCCAACUCCGCCAAACCAUCACCCAACUGUCUAAUGCGGCCAAUACGCAAUAUCAACAUUAUCAGCCCGCACAUGCGAGCUCGAGUCAGACUCCGAGUACCCCAGCUGCCAAAGGAUCCUCUAUGCCCGGCCCCGCCGCCCCAACUGCUUUGCCCCUCCCGGCCCCGGUGCCACCAACCGGCCCUCCGAAUCCCCCUAAGCAUCCUCUCCCCGUAACUCUCCAGGCCUUCCAUUCGACCUACGCGUCCCGUUUACGCACGGGUACAACCCUUCUCAUGCAGCCCAUCCUCUCGGGCACUUCUGCAUCCACAUCCACCGCCGCCGCCGCCACCACUACCACUGCACUGGCGGCCCGUGCGUCAACGCGUCGCACUGGAAUGGUGAACUACGCUGAUCCAGGAUCUGGGGAUGAAUUUCCAGAUGCCGGUGCGUUGGACUCUGAUGAUUCAGAUUUCGUGGCGUCCGGUGGGACGAGGACGGCUGUGAGACAGUCGAGAGCGGCAGCAAGGAUGGGUGCAGGUAUGAGCAAUGGAAUGGGAGUAUUUUAUUCAGGGAAUGGGGCGUCGGCGACAACACAGGCAACGGUAGGGAUGGGGACGACAGAAAAGGUGGAAUUGGAUCAAAGUUAUUUGGGGAUGAUUCCCCCUUCCAAGUUUAUCAAGGCGAGGCCCGUAGGGCCAACAGCAUAUGAGUAUCCCUCCCUCGAUACUCUCCUCACACACGCCCAAACCCGCACCUCUCUCGUCCCUAUCCGCGUCGAAUUUGACACCGACACUCACCGCAUCCGUGACUGCUUCGUGUGGAACCUGUGCGAACCACUGGUGAAACCGGAAAUAUUUGCGAAGAUAUUUUGUGCGGAUUUGGAGUUACCGGUUGUGCCUUGGGUGGAGACAGUGGCGAAUCAGAUUAGAGCACAGUUAGAGGAACACGAGGGGGUUGCAUCUUUGGACUUGGGGCCCUCUCCCGAAAACGGCGGAGAAAUUCCAGAGUGUCGUGUCAUUCUGAGCAUUGACGUCCAAAUCGCAACCCACCACUUAAUGGACCAUAUCGAAUGGGACCUCUUAUCGCCACUGACACCGGAAGAUUUCUCAAAACAGCUCUGUGCGGAACUCGGAUUGGCUGGAGAAGCAAUUCCGUUGAUUGCACACGCUGUCCACGAGGAACUUAUCAAGCAUAAGAGGGAUGCGAUUGAAUGGGGGGUUAUUGGGGGUGACUAUAGGGAGUCUGUUGUGGGACGGGGUGCUUUGGCAGGUGGCGGAGGAAGUGAGGACGCGGAACGGAGGACCGCUGUUGGCGGUGGCAGUGGCGGUGGCGUACUCAAGGACAAGACUGGGCUGGGGCUUGCGUGGGGUCGAACGCCGAGAGAGAAUAGGGGACCCAAGACAUUGCGGAGUGUGUGGAGGGAGUGGUCCGAAGCCGAGGAGUUCAGAACGCGGUUUGAGGAGUUGACAGCAGAAGAAGUAGAGAAGAGGGAGAUUGAGAGAGAAAGGGCGAGUCGACGAUUGCGGAGGGAAACGUCGAAAUUCCAGACAACGAGAACGAGACGAAGAUGA